UUAUUUUUUUUUCUCUCGCUUUUUUGUAGUUUAAAAGAUGCACAUAACUUAUACUCGUCGAGUGAUUAUAGCUUUACUCAUUGCUUACGUGGCUGCUACUGAUUUACAGAUCAAUGGAGCUGAAAAUGCAGGUACAGAUGCAGUGAUUUUGAGUAGUAAUAAUAGCAGUGUGACUGAGAAAUUAGAUCCGGUAAUUACGAAUAGAAAAAAAGAUGUUCAUUUGGAUAAUGAUAGUUCAAGUAACCAAAUGAAGUUGGUGAAAGCUAGGGAUAGAAGGAAAAUGAAUAAUAAUAGUAGUGAAAGUACUGGUGAGUUAGCAAAUGUUGGGGAUCGGAACAAGCUAGACGAUAGCGGUGCGAAAAAGGCUGGCGAGAAAAAAGGGAAAGGUUCCGAGAGAGAUGACGGGAAAGAGGAUGUAAAAGAAGGUGAAAAACAAGAGAAAGCAAACAAUAGUAGUACCGAGAAGCAAGGGGAGAAGGAAAAGAUUUUGCCUGACGAAAUUCAGUCUAGAGAGGAGGUAUUGUCUACAAGAAAGGAGAAUUUUCAUGGUGAAGAAUGUGAUUCGUCUUAUAGUUGCACGAUAGAGGAAAAAGCAGUGGUUGCAUGUCUAAGAGUUCCCGGCAAUGAUGCUCCAGAUCUUUCACUUUUGGUUCAGAACAAGGGAAAGGACACUGCCAGGAUUUCUAUUACGGCUCCUAAGUUUGUAAAACUGGAGCAAAACCAGAUUGAACUCCAAAGAAAGGAAAACAAGAAGAUGAAGGUUUCUAUAAGGAAUUCAGGAAAUGACUUCUUCAUCAUUCUUAAGGCUGGGGACGGACAAUGUUCUCUUGAUUUCAGGGGUCUAAUUGACAAUGCUGAUAAAACAUCUCGGUUCAAUUAUGCUUUUCCGUCCUUUGGAAUAAUGUGUUUGGUUGCAAUUGCAUUCGUGGCUACAGUCUUGAUCUACAUCAAGCGGAGGCUUCUAGUAAGCAGUGGUGACCACAAGUAUCAAAAACUUGACACGGGGUUACCAGUUUCCAGUGGCGGAAAGAUAGAGACGCUCUCAACUGAUGGAUGGGACAAUAACUGGGAUGACAAUUGGGAUGACGAGGAGGCACCCAAAGCACCAUCUAUGCCAGUCACUCCGUCCCUCUCUUCUAAAAGCAUCUCCUCACGACGGUCUAGUAAGGAAGGCUGGAAAGAUUAAUCUUGAUAGUGUGUCCCUGGAAUGCUUUUGUUUCAUCAACCUUUUUUUUUUUUUUUUUUUUUUUUUCCUUCCACUCGGUAAGUAGAUAAUAGAAAUGACUUAAUGCACAGUAGCAGCCACAAGUCGUGACAUUAUGAUUCAAGUUGUGACAUCUUUAUAGUCGGGUUGUCCCCUCAGACUCUUCCGUUAUCUUUGAAAGAGGGAAGUCCCAUUUUUUGGUUGCAUUAACCAUACUUGGGCUUGAUGAGAAACACCCUUUAGCUUGGA